GGCAAAAUCCCUGACACUCCCAGGAAUUAGAUCAGAGCACAGCCCAACCCCUUCCUGACACAGGGAGCAAUUUUGCAGAAGAGGCAUUUCAGUAUUAAUGAAAGAAAAUGAAGUCCUCUUGGAUAUUUAUAAUAUAUGUGCUAUGGCUGAAUGGUCAUCACUGUGCACCAACAAAGCAGGAGGAAAUGAGUCUCCGGGAAAACCUGAAGCAACUAUCUGAAGUUGGAGAGAAGUAUGUAGAUGAAGAGGUAAAGAAAGCUUUGAUUGGUAUUAAGCAGAUGAAAAUUAUGAUGGAAAAAAAUGAAGAUAAGCACAUAGAUCUGAUGAAAACCUUGAAGAAGAGCAGUGAAGAAAAACAGCAAGCCUUGCGACUUAUGGAUGAAGUUAAGGCAAGAUUGGAAGAAGAAGAAAGACAAUGUCAAGUAUCCUUGAAAAAUUUAUGGGAUGAAUGUGAAUCUUGUUUAGAAAGUACCUGCAUGAGAUAUUACACAACUUGCAAGCAUGGUGUGUCAACCUUUAAAAGAAAGGUUGAAGAUUUUUUGAGGAAAAUACCUCCACUCAUUUUCAGUUUUCAUGAGGAUCAAGGAAAAGACAUCCAGUUUAAUGAAAAGUCUGAGAAAGAAGAUAUCCAGCUAGUAAAAAUGGAAGAUUUAUUUAGCCAACUAUUAUCAGAUGUGGGCUCAAUAUUUGACAGAAGUUUCAUUUUUUUCAAGCACAUGCAAAAAGAAUUUGACCAAUCUUUUCAGACAUAUUUCAUGUCUGAUCUGGACUUGAGUGAGCCCCCCAGCCUGCCAGCUUUACCUGAGGACACCACCAGAAAUGAUGGCUCACAGAAAGGCUGGGCUAUGCCUGGCUUUUUACAGAUAGUUUUUGAUUUCAGUAGGACCGUGUUUGAAGGUGUCAGUGAGGUGAUUACCGACGUAUUUGAUGAAUACAGAGAUUAUAGAAGAGAUUUGCCAGACCAAACCAAAGAACCUGGCAAAAGUGGGAUGUUCUCAAAAAUCGCGCCAGGGCACCAGAGACCUCAGUGCAGGGAGCUAUGGGAGAACUCCUCUGGAUGCCCACAGUUUCAUGAGAGAUGCCAGAAAUGUCAAGAUAAUCUUUUGCAUGAUUGCCCAAACGUUCCUGAGCUGCACAUAAAGUUUGAUGAAGCCUUUAAGCUGGUUAAUCUCUCAGGGGAGCAGUAUGAGCAGAUUCUCCAAGUGGUUCGGCAUCACACAGAAGACACUUCCUACUUGUUGACCAAAAUGAAAGAAAGAUUUGGGUGGGUGUCUGAGUUAUCCAAUAUGACCAUCGGACCAGAAAGCAUUUUCAAUAUAGAUAAGGUGGUACCUGGGGAUCCCUCCAGUAAAAAUGAAACUGUGGUAGACGUGAAUAUUCUGACUUCUCCUACUUUCACCAUUAAAGUUCCUCCCAAUUUAGACCCACAGAGUGCUGAAUUCAUUGAAUACGUAGCUGGGAAAGCACUGCAACUGUAUAAGCAGAAUUUUUAAGUGGAAAGAAGAUGUGUGAAAUCUUUCUUCCUUGAUCACUAUGGUUGAAAUACCCCUGUGCUCAACAUACAGCUAGUUGUUAAAUUACUAUGGUUAAAAUAGUUGCAUAUAAAUAAAAUUUUGCUUAGUAAACACUGUGACAUAUGAGCUAGCAACCAAAGACUG